AUGGAAGUAGAAGUCAGCACGGGGGGCCAGGCACAGCAGGGCUCACUCACCCUGUCCUUGCUUCCGCAGGUGGGUGCUAUCCCCGCCAAUGCAGUGGACGACGGCCAGUGGUCCCAGGGCCUCAUUUCAGCUGCCCGCAUGGUGGCUGCUGCCACCAACAACCUGUGUGAGGCUGCGAACGCAGCAGUGCAGGGCCAUGCCAGCGAGGAGAAACUCAUCUCCUCCGCCAAGCAGGUGGCUGCCUCCACAGCACAGCUCCUGGUGGCCUGUAAGGUGAAAGCUGACCAAGACUCUGAGUCCAUGAAGCGGCUGCAGGCCGCUGGCAACGCCGUGAAGAGGGCAUCAGACCACCUGGUGAAGGCAGCCCAGAAAGCAGCCGCCUUCCAGGACCAGGAGAAUGAGACGGUGGUGGUGAAGGAGAAAAUGGUCGGGGGAAUCGCGCAGAUCAUUGCGGCACAGGAGGAGAUGCUGCGGAAGGAGCGGGAGCUGGAGGAGGCCCGGAAGAAGCUGGCCAUGAUCCGGCAGCAGCAGUACAAGUUCCUGCCCUCAGAGCUGCGGGAUGAGGGGCAGAACUGAGGGGAGCGUGGUCAUGAGCUGAGCCUGACCACCCCCUCUCACCACAGAGACUGCUGCCGCCACCUCCUAUUUAAUACAGGCCUGUCCUGAGCAGGGAUUGCCUGGAUCACCCAGACUCACCUGCUGCCCAGCGCACUGGGGACUGAUCUGACACUGCCUACCGCUGCCCCCAGCAGGUGCUGCACCAGCAACUCUGCUUCACCGCGCAGCCAGCGCGCCACAGGCACACGCUUCUACACUCUGCUCCGUGGGGUGCGAGAAGGCUGGCGCUCUGCAGGCCUGGGCUGGGGCUCACCUAUGCAGCUGCCUCGAGCCCUGUGGGCCUGGGGCUGCCCCUUCCCCCCCCCCCCCCACCUUUCAGGUGUUUUCCUUUGUGCCUUUGUGGGUUCCACGUCUCUGGGCCUCAAGCUUGGAGACGGUUCUCACCCGGCUCCGCCCUGGGGCCAGUCGUGCAAUGGGGGGAACAGAAACUGCUUCCCUGGUGACUCUUUCACCAACCCACCCUCACCUCUGAUGCCUUACUGCUGGCUACGCCUUCCCUGUCGCCCAGUGCCUCUGCUCCAGGGUGCGAGGGGUUAAUCUCUAGGUUUGCCCCCUGCCCCAUUGUGUCUCCUACCUGCAGGGACCUGCCUGCCCCUGGAGCAGCCCCCAGCCAGCACCCCCUGCUGCUCCUCGUUCCCAAGUGCCUGCAUCGUGCGUCCAAGAGCUCCAGUAUUUUUGUAGUGUUGAAUUUCUGAAGUAUUGAACUCGCCUGCUCCCCCCACCACUAACCCCCUCCCCCAGCAUCUCCUGCCUUGGGCCCCGGAGCCCUGCAUCCCCCACCCCUCCUCCGCUCUGGAACCCUGAACCUCACCCCCUGCCCCCCCUGCACUGGCUGAGGCUUCUCUCACCUCUUAUUUUGAUACUGAGCUUCCACUGUUAAACAUGAAGGGAAAGCGGCUGCCCUGCCACUCCUGGGGUGGGGAACGGGACGGCUCCUUGCAAAGGAUUCUUCAUCAAUAAAACUGGCUUUCCUGCUUCUUUGGUCUA